AUUUUUAUCAUAAUUGCUUUAGUUCGUGCCAUCAACUAUAUGGCUGGAACUAUAAUAGAAAUAUAGACUUUACAUCCCAUCGUACUUGCAUUACAAUGUGAUGCAAUUGCAACUAUGAUCUAAAGUAGUACUUUAGUUAUUCUUAGUGUUUUCCAGUUCCGGUUGGGGUAGGAAGUCUGUACUUAUUACAUGAAUAUAUAAGACAUAGUAUGUUUUCUCACUCGUUUACUUGCAAACAAAUAGGAUACAUGCCAAAAUAAGAAAGAGCAAUCUAAAAACAUUAUUUAGUUGCGAUAAGUUACCAAUUCAAUAGGAAUAUAGGAAUCAGAUAAGUUGAGAAGCUUCUUAAAGUUGGUUAAAAAUAAUAGCAACAGAAUGUAAAAAAAAUUAUCCGAAAUUGACAAUUUAUGCAUAUCGGAUCGAAAUUUUAUGAGCCACCAAAAAUUUAACAACAUAUUACUAAAAUAUUAUAUUUAUAAAAAAUGUUAGUACUGCCUAGAUUUACCUAGUAGGGUACGGUUAAAAGCAAUCAUGCAAUACACUUUCCAUUCACUAUAUCCAGAUAUCAAUCUAUUCGCUCCGACACCUCACGUGCGGCCUAAAAGCCCCCGUAAUUGAUAUUGUCAUCAUGUUUGUAGCAACUGAGUCCAAUUUAAAUGGAAUCUUACCUUCCGAACAAUAUACAUGGACUAAACUAGCAAAAAGUGCAGCUAAAAUAGCAUUCCACAAUUUCGACUGGCGCUACGUAACUUUAGUUAUUUUUAAUUCUUCUAUGUUCUAUGGAGUCCAAACGUUUAUAUCGUCAUAUGAAAGAAGUCAAAUUAUUGUCAACGAUUUUGUCUAUCUACGACACACUCGAAAAACGCAACAAUACGUAUUAUUUAGUGCCGAUAUCACCGAAAUCAUGAACACACUAGACUGGAUGAAAUCGCAAAAGUUCGAUAACACUGGCAAAUAUUUAAUUAUUUGUGAAUCAGAAAUAGACGCGCGAUGUGAUGAAGAAGAAGCUGCCAAUGUUUUUUGGAGCCACAAAAUAAUUAAUGUGGUAUUUUUAAAACAUAAAUCUCGUAGUAAGGAAAUAAAUGGUUAUGUUUACAAUUUUAAUGAGGACUGUCAUACUAUAAAACCUUACAAAUUGAAUACUUUAAAUACUUGCCUGAAUAUUAAUGAAACAAAAUGCAGCCAAAUGUUUCCUGUGAAGCUAACAAAUUUGCAUAGAUGUCCAAUUAUAGUUUCUACAUUUGUCCGACCACCUUACAUGAAUAUAGUCGACGGCAAGCCCAAAGGUGCAGAUGGGGACUUGUUACUCCUAAUUGCUGAUAGAAUAAAUGCAACUCUUGUGAUGAUGACCCCACGCCGUGGUAACGGUUGGGGAUCACUACGUAAAGACGGCAACUGGACCGGUUCGUUGGCAGACGUUUAUGAUAAUUUUGCAAACUUUUCUAUGACUUCCGCAGCUGUCACACUCGCUAGAUUUACUCAUUUCCAAAUGUCAAUAGAUUAUCACUCAACUAAAAUAGUAUGGAUUACGCAUCGUGCGUCUUUGAAAUCUUCUUCUUUAAAAUUAAUUUAUCCAUUCCAAUUAUCAACUCAAGUGGCCGUUCUUAUUAGUUUUACAUUUGUUAUUUUUUGUGCUGUUUUCAUGCGAAGCCAAUUCUGGCGUAGGUUUAACCAAAGUAUGAAUUUAUAUAAACCACGUUACGGCGUUAUAUUUUACUCUUGGGUAAUUUGCAUGGGCCUGCCGGCUACAAAGUUACCUGUAAAUCGUAGUGCAAUGAGUAUAGUAAUAUUGUGGAUGUGGUACUGCAUUAUGUUGCGUACUGUUUACCAGGCGUUCCUUAUGCAAGUGUUACAGAAAAAUUAUUAUUUUAAAGAAUUUGAAACUAUAGAAGAGGCGUACGCAGCACACUAUCGCUUUGGGGGUGGACUGGCUUUGAAAGACUACUACAUUGAUUACCCUCUAGUGUAUGAUAGGUGGAAUGAAGUAAAUAUUAGCGAUAUCAUACCAGUUUUAUACAAAUUAUCAGAUGGACUGCAAUUUGUGAUAGCAAUGAAUAUGGAAACCGCAAUCACCAUAAUAAGGAAUCAUAAUAUAAAAGCUCGUAUUUUGUCACAAAAAGUAGUUAUCAGUCCAGCGGUAAUAUUUUUCAAAAAGUUCUCUCCAUUGGUGAAGCCUGUAAACCGUGUAUUGAGACGAUUAAUAGAGUCUGGGUUUUCUGAUAAGUCAUAUAAAGAUCAUGUAAAUUUAAAAAUAUCACGGAAUAUUAAAAAUGCUCACCAACCAAUCACUACAGAUCAUUAUACAGGUUGUUACGUAAUAUUACUUUUUGGUUGGAUAUUAUCAAUUAUUUUGUUCAUAGUAGAGCUUUGCCUGGGCAAAAUGCAUUGGCAUAUUUAAGAUUAUUUUCCAGAAGGAGGCUUGAUUCCUUAAAAAAGACAUUAUGUACUCUUAGAUCCGCCUUUGCGCUUAAAAGCUCAAGCAGAGCACACAUGGCGCAAUCUCAAAGUACGCCUAUGAUAAAAUAAACAAUUUCCUGCAAGUUUACUACUGUACGUUUCACGCGUCACUUCCUGCCUCGUCUGUAGAUAUGUGGAACAAAUUACUAACAGCGCAUUUCCUAAUAAAGACGACAUACCUUCAAGAAGAGAAUCUAUAUCUUUUUAAAAGGCCAGCAACACAUUAGCGACUCCCCUGGUGCCGUUAGUGUCCAUCGACUGCGGUAAUCACUUGCCAUCAGGUGAGCCGCAUACUCAUUAGUCGCCCUUUCACAAAAAAUUAUAAUGUUGUAGAUUACUGAGUGUAGGUGAUUAUAGUCGGUUAAUAAUAAUUCGAUGAGAAAAUUUUAAACUUAGAAAAAAAAAGAUAUAUUAAAAACAUAUAAAGUAUUUUUUGAGUAAAAAAAAAAUCGAAUCCAUUUAUCACUUGGCGAAAUCGUAUAAUAGUUUUACCCGGCGUUGGUGGCAAUCAAACGAAAAUACGACCAACUUACAAGUAAGGAGGACCAGUCGCUGCAACCCAUGAACGCCUGCAACUCUAAAUGUAUAACUCAUUGUAAUAUCGUAAGCACUAGAAAGGUUAUAGUUUUCUGUGACUUAUAAUCGCCAUCUUUUACCGUGAAUAAAUAGCCUAAAUAAAUAGCUAUAAUAAAGCCGCCUUAUCGUACUUGUAUUGAUACAAGUUAAUCAAAUUUAUUUGUGGUUUUUUGUUAUCGUCUAUGUUGUGUAAUAAUAAAGUAUACUUAUUUA